AUGGGAGAUAAAGAACCUCCCUUAUCAUCUAUCAGCUCGCCUGAUAAGAUGAAGUAUCCCUACCUGGCUUCACUCAACGCAGCUCAGCUAAAAGCUGUGACUGCCCCACCGGAGAUACCACUUCAAAUCCUCGCUGGUCCAGGAUCAGGUAAGACCCGAGUAUUGACCUCAAGAGUAGCAUACCUGGUCCAGCAUCAUCAGUACAAACCUUAUGAGAUCGUCGCUGUUACAUUCACCAACAAGGCUUCGAGGGAGAUGAAGAAGAGGUUGCAGGUGUUGCUAGGGGACAAACAGGCAGACAAUUUGGUGUUGGGUACUUUCCAUGCAACCUGCGCAAAGUACCUUCGUCGGUAUGCUCAAUUGAUCGACUUACCGAAUAAUUUCGUCAUCGCAGAUGCUGAAGACUGCAAAAAAAUCAUGUCAACACUCCUCAAAGCUCGUAAAGAGCAGUUGGACGAAUCACGAAUGGCUCUCAAGGAAGGAGUAGUCCUAUCAGAGAUCAGCAAGGCGAAAGCUAAGGAGGAAACCCCUGAUCAAAUGGCAAUUAGAGCAGCACAAGAUCCCAAUUCCUCGACAUCAACUUUAUCAAUCAUAGCUGAGCUGUAUGGAGAAUACGAGAGUCAUCUCAGAGAAAGCAAUUCACUGGAUUUUGAUGAUUUGUUGGUAUUUGGGUUGAAACUGUUCAGAAGUGCGCCGAGAGUGUUGGAGAGCUGUAAACAUAUUUUGGUGGAUGAGUUCCAGGAUACGAAUAUAACUCAAUAUGAACUCAUGAAAUGUUUUGCGAAAGCCCACGGAGGAGUCAGCGUAGUUGGUGAUCCGGAUCAGUCGAUAUAUGGAUGGAGAUCAGCAGAGAUUGAGAAUCUGAAUAAGAUGACGAAAGACUUCCCUGGAGUACAAGCUAUAUAUCUCGAGGAGAAUUAUCGAUCCACUGGAGCUAUUCUCUCAGCCGCUCAUGCAGUGGUGUCGCAAGAUCGUGCUCGUAUACAGAAAAACCUAUUCACAUCUCAUCCUCGAAGUACCCCCGUUACGCUUAAAGUCUUCAGUACUCCAGUCAUAGAAGCCAGUUUCAUAGCAUGGGAAAUCAAGAGGCUCAUAGCUUAUUCAGGUGGAACGUUGAAUUAUGGAGAUUUCGCUAUUCUAUUACGGUACAAUGCCCUUUCCCGAGUAAUAGAAUCUGCUUUACAGAAAGAUAGUAUACCCAACAGGGUAGUAGGAGGACACAAGUUCUUCGAGCGGAUGGAAAUCAAGGAUUUGUUGGCGUACUUGCAAUUAGCUGAUAAUCCUGAUUUUACACCUGCAUUUGUACGAGUGGUGAAUGUGCCCAAGAGGUCCAUAGGAGAUAAGUCUGUCUCGGAUCUCCUAAACGCUGCUAAAGCUAUGAAGAUGUCACCUAUGGAAUUAUCAGAGAGGAUCAUAGAUGGUGAACCACUUCCCGCAGGUCUCAAAGCUGGUAUUAAGAAGAAUCUGGGAUCGUUUGUAGGAGCUAUCAGGAAGUUGCGACGAGCUGCAGAAAAAGGAUCAUCCGUUGGGGACCUCAUUAGGCUUGUGAUAGAGAAAACGGGGUAUGAAGAGUAUCUGAGAGCAUCUCAGCAGGAUUUCGACUCCAGAUGGGAGAACGUACAGGAAUUGAUUUCAUACAGUGUAAUCGUCUCUGAAGAGCAAGCGCGACUUUCAUCUGAUGAUUUCCCAGCAGAGAGGUUCAUGCCCGCCAAUUCAGCUGCAGUUGAAGCUCUAGUAAAUGUCGCUCAAGCGGAAGAGAAGAUCAAAUCUGAAGCUAGGUUACACCCUUUGUUCCGUCGGCAGUCGUCCGCAAGUGAUGGUAGUAGGAGUCGAAGUCGCUCUGCAUCGGUAUCUGUCUCGAAGGGAAAUGGGAAGGGGAAAAAUAAAGUGGUGACUGGCAAUGAUGGAGUAAUAGAGAUAUUAUCGAGCGACGAAGAUGAAAUAGAUCUCAAGCCUACGAAGAGUCAGAUGAAUGGUUUGAUCCAGGAAAAGAAAGAAGUCACAGCAGAGAUGGUGGACGACAUGACAAAUGCAUGGGAAAACAUGACACCGCUGGCCUUCUUUCUGCAGACUUCAAUGUUAUCGACUGAUACGGAUGGCGGGGAGGAUGAUAAGGACAAACCUAAAGUUACCAUCACCACUGUACACGCUGCGAAAGGGCUAGAAUGGCCAGUAGUCUUCAUACCCGCAGUCGAACAAGGUACUUACCCUUCUUAUCGCUGCACAGAAGCGCACGAGAUAGCCGAAGAAAGAAGAUUGUUGUAUGUAGCCAUGACAAGAGCUCAAAACUUCUUGACCAUGUCGCACUGUCAAUUCCGGAUGAUGGGAGGAGAAGAGAAUGAUAAAGAGGUCAGUGAAUUCGUUGGGAUGGUCAAUAGGCAUCAAUCUGGUUUACUGUCCAGCACUUUACCCGAUGUCGACUUAGCUGUCAGGAGAUAUAUCUCAACCAUGCUGUCUAGACCUCAUCCGGACGAAGACGAAGCCAGAGAAAUGGUAAUGAAGCAUGUUCGUGCUGCUCCACCACUAUCUACAUGGGAUGCGCCCGAACCUCGAGAUAAGCACUCCAACAGAUUCGCUCGAAGGGAAGUCACCAAAGCCACUCGAGCAGCUGAAUAUUGGGCAUCAGAUAUGGACGAAUAUGCUUUACCCUCUGACUCCAACUCUAGAUCCAAUCCGUAUGCUUCAACUGUCCAAUCUGGAUUCACAUCUGCUCGAGUGGGCUUGUCCUCAGCUUCAUCUUCGAUGAAAUCAAGACAACCUGCUCCGGGAAGUGGAAGUAAGAGAGAACCCAAAGUAGAGAAAGAAAUUGUCAAGAUCAAAUCUGCGAAUAAGAAUAUACCUGAAUUAUUACCUUUUACGUUCGGUCAACCAGAUCCAAUCAAGAGUGAUACGGAUAUAAAUUCGUUACAGAAAGGAGGGAUGGAUAGUCUGAGUUUUAUGGCUAAUCUUGGAUUACCUCCUGAUACAGGGUUGACUAUACCUCCUAAAUCCAAUGGCACCGGAGGUGGGAGGAGUUCGCCGUUUUUAGGCAGUGCGAGAGGGAGUAGUCCCAAACUGGGUUCUAGUCCUGCUUUAGGAGGAGGAGGAGUGAAAUUGCCCAGUGUACCCGGAUCGUCGUUGAUCAAUGGGCUUAAUAGAGGUGGCGCUGCAGGAGGAGGGAUGAACAGAGGGACGAAAAGAUUAGGUAUGGGUAGACCUGCUCCUUGGGGAGCCAGUAAGAAACCUAGAGAGGGAUGA